GAAAAAUUCAAUUACGACAACUCAUUAAAGUCAGUGUGAAAGAGAGAAAGAGACAACAUUAGUUCCGGUCAGAAUCAACAACCGUCUAUUCUCAGUCGUCCUUUUUAUCUUCAUUUUGCUGUUCCUUAGAAGGAGGUAAGAAACAGUAAAAUGGCCAAAAACUCUGUCGAAUUCGAUCGUUACAUCGAGCGCAAAGCUUUCGACAAUACAAAAGAAGGUGUUAAAGGGCUCAUCGAUGCUAAAAUCACCGAGAUCCCUCGAAUUUUCCACGUCCCUCAAGAUACCUUACCAGACAAGAAACGCUCUGUUUCAGACCUAGAGAUCCCUACCAUCGACUUUGCAAGCGUCAACGUGGACACACCCUCACGUGAAGCCAUCGUGGAGAAAGUCAAAUAUGCGGUGGAGAAUUGGGGAUUCUUCCAGGUGAUUAAUCAUGGUGUUCCUUUAAACGUUCUUGAAGAGAUUAAAGAUGGGGUUCGUAGGUUUCACGAGGAAGAAGAUCCUGAGGUCAAGAAAUCAUACUACUCGCUUGAUUUCACCAAGAACAAAUUUGCAUACAGUAGUAAUUUCGAUCUAUAUAGUUCUUCGCCGUCUCUUACUUGGAGAGAUUCUAUCUCUUGUUACAUGGCUCCUGAUCCUCCAACUCCUGAGGAGCUCCCUGAGACUUGCAGGGAUGCUAUGAUUGAAUACUCAAAGCAUGUACUGAGCUUAGGUGAUUUGCUCUUUGAGCUUCUCUCAGAAGCACUAGGUUUGAAAUCUGAGAUCCUUAAGAGCAUGGAUUGCUUGAAGAGUUUGCUUAUGAUCUGCCAUUAUUAUCCACCUUGUCCACAACCUGACCUAACUUUAGGAAUAAGUAAACACUCAGACAACUCUUUCCUCACAGUUCUUCUUCAAGACAACAUUGGUGGUCUUCAAAUUCUUCAUCAAGACUCUUGGGUCGAUGUCUCUCCUCUUCCUGGAGCUCUGGUAGUCAACGUCGGAGAUUUCUUGCAGCUGAUAACCAACGAUAAGUUUAUAAGUGUAGAGCAUAGGGUACUAGCGAAUACACGAGGCCCACGGAUUUCUGUAGCGAGCUUUUUCAGCUCAAGUAUACGUGAGAAUUCAACAGUUUAUGGACCGAUGAAAGAGCUUGUGUCUGAAGAAAACCCUCCAAAAUACAGAGACACAACCUUGAGAGAAUACUCAGAAGGAUACUUUAAGAAAGGUCUUGAUGGAACAUCGCAUCUGUCAAAUUUCAGAAUAUGAAAAAGACAAGUUUAUUGGCUCUUGUGUGUUUGUAAGAUAUUUCUACCAUCUCUAUAUUGGUGUGUUUCUCGCUUCAGCUAGCUACUCUGUUCUUGGCUCUGCAACAGUUAAACCAAUGUACCAAAAAUAAGAAGAAAUAAUGUGUUUGUUAUGUUUAUGUGUUAAGCUACUCUGUAUUUGAAUCUUUCUUAGCCACAUGUAUCAGAAUAUCAGUGAACGUUUAACAUUCAUUUGAUAUAAUGAUUCAAAGUUUAUUUAACUAGC